AACAACGAAGAACCUACUGCAGCGCAGACGACUACGAGAUCGCUACCCAAAGGAUGAGAAGGAAUGAGCCAAGGAGCCCAGCAGACUGAGGAGAAGGUUAAAAGUGGGUUAAUGCGGUGUGACAGGAGCUGGAGAGUUGGUCCCUGAUGUAUAACUCAGGAAUGAACGUCACCCCGGGCAUGGCACCACUGUCUCCAGGGCUGAGUGGCAGCCCACCACUGGUGCCACAUGUGAAGACCACCUUUCAGUCUUUAGGAUCUUUGUCAUCUGAGGUGUUCUCCCCCUCCCUUGCCCGAGCCUCCCUUCAUCAGGAGAAACAGACCUCGAGCCCCAUGAAUUCAUCCACUCCCUCCAUCAUGAGUUCUCCAAAACUCUGGCACAAAUCCUCCAUCUCCAGACUCGCAGAGGAGUUCUUCUGGAUUGGUGGCAGCAUUGUUGCACAGCCUAAGUGGAGACUGGGUCAAAUAGUGGAGCGGCGUAUGUGUAGCAUGCAGAAUGGCACUCAGAUGACCAAACUGAAGGGGAAGAAGAAAGGACUGGUCAGAUUCUUUUACUUGGACGAGCAUAAGUCUUGCAUCCGAUGGCGGCCCUCCAGGAAACAUGACAAGGCCAAAAUAACUAUUGAUUCCAUUAAUGAAGUCUGCGAGGGAAAAAAGUCAGAAGUCUUCAGGCGAUAUGCAGAAAACCGCUUUGACGCAAACUGCUGUUUCAGUAUUUACUACGGGAAUCACGUCAAGUCCCUGAACCUGGUCUCCACCAGUGCAGAAGAGGCCCGCACCUGGAUCACUGGUCUUAAAUACCUCAUGGCUGGGAUCAGUGAUGAGGACAGUUUGGCUCGAAGGCAGCGCACCCGUGAUCAAUGGUUACAGCAAACCUUUUCUGAAGCUGAUAAAAAUGGAGAUGGUACACUGAGUAUCGGAGAAGUUCAUCAGCUGCUCCACAAACUCAACGUGAAUUUGCCCAAGCAGAAAGUGAGACGGAUGUUUCAGGAAGCAGACACGGAUGAGAACCAGGGAUCUCUGGGAUUUGAAGAAUUCUGUUCAUUCUAUAAGAUGAUUUCCACACGCAGAGACCUCUACUUAAUAAUGAUCUCCUAUAGCAAUCAAAAAGAAUUCAUGGAUCUGCAUGACCUUACCCGCUUUCUAGAAAAUGAACAAAAGAUGCGAGGCCUAGCCAGAGAGCAUCUACUUGACAUUGUGGCCAAAUUUGAGCCAUGUCCUGAGAACCCUGCAAUGAUUGGUACUGGUAUUGAUGGUUUUACCAACUACAUGCGUAGUCCUGCAGGCGAUAUCUUCAAUCCCGAGCACAAUCAGGUGAACCAGGACAUGACCCAGCCACUGUGUAACUACUAUAUUGCCACAUCACACAACACCUAUCUGACAGGAGACCAGCUGCUCUCGCAGUCUAGAGUGGAAAUGUACGCCUACGUUCUCCAGGCAGGCUGUCGCUGUGUGGAAGUGGACUGCUGGGAUGGGCCAGAUGGGGAGCCCAUUAUACAUCAUGGUUAUACCUUGACAUCAAAGAUUCUCUUCAAAGAUGUUAUAGAAACAAUUAACAAAUAUGCCUUCUCAAAAUCACAGUAUCCAGUCAUCUUGUCCAUAGAGAACCAUUGCACCGUGCCUCAGCAGAAAAAGAUGGCUCAGUAUCUGAGAGAGGUGCUUCAGGAUAAACUGGAUCUGUCCAAUAUCAAUGUGAAUGAGUGCAAGAAACUGCCAUCCCCCGGGAGCCUGAAAGGAAAGAUUUUAGUCAAGGGAAAGAAACUUCCAGCAAACCUUGAUCCUGAUGCAGAUGAAGGUGACGUGUCUGAUGAAACGGAUGAGGACGAAGCAGCAGAAGGAGAUGAAGAUGAUUAUGCACAGGCAAACCUUUGAAAAACAGAGAAUUAUGUUACCUCUUUCAACCAACCGAAAUCAAAGAGACGAUUUGGCAGAUCAUUCAUGCGAAGUUUCAAGCGAAAGAGGAAAAAGCGAGUCCGUGUGAAAAAUAAGCCCAUGUCUGAUGGAGAAUCAGAGUACAGCAGCAGUAGGGAAAGAACACAAAUUGCUUAUCAUCCCAAAAGGAGGAAAACUAUGAGACUGUCCCGGGCUCUAUCUGAUCUGGUGAAGUACACAAAAUCUGUCCAUGUGUAUGACAUAGAAACACAAGCAUUCACAAGCAGUUGGCAGGUAUCAUCCCUCAAUGAGACUGUUGUGAACCAGAUAUUACAGCUGAAGCCGUACGAGCUGGUCCGUUUCAAUCAACGCCAACUGCUGAGAGUUUACCCAUCCAACUACAGAGUGGACUCAAGUAACUUCAACCCACAGCCAUACUGGAAUGCAGGAUGCCAUAUGGUUGCAAUGAAUUAUCAAACAGAAGGCCGUAUGCUUGAACUGAACCGAGCCAAGUUCUUUAGUAAUGGAAACUGUGGAUAUGUUCUGAAGCCUAAGUGUAUGUGUAAAGGUGCUUUUAACCCCAUGUUGGAGGAUCCUCCACCAGGUCCCACGAAAACUCAGUUAGUGCUAAAGAUCAUUAGUGGACAGCAGCUUCCAAAACCCAAAGACUCAAUGUUUGGGGACAGAGCAGAGAUUAUUGAUCCCUUUGUUGAAGUCGAAAUUAUUGGUUUGCCAAUUGACUGCAAUAAGCAGCAGACCGGUGUGGUGAAUGAUAAUGGUUUCAACCCUAUGUGGGAGGAGACCCUUGUCUUUGACAUUCACAUGCCACAAAUUGCUCUGGUGCGUUUCCAAGUGUGGGAUUACGACCCCAUUGGACGAGCUUUCAUUGGACAGAGAACUAUAGCUUUCAUCAGUAUGAUGCCAGGUUAUCGUCAUGUCUACCUGGAAGGGACAGCAGAGUCAUCAAUUUUUGUUCACGUUGCUACCAGUAAUGGAACAGGGAAGGUUAAAUCGACAAAUGCUGUGAAAGCAGCGAUCCAGAAAGCAGCACAGAAACACAUGAAGGGUCACAAAACGCAGUUUUCUCAAGACUUCCUUGUCCCUUCGUCAGAGGAAGGACAGCCGGUGCAUAACCACAAGGAUCUGGAUUCAGUCUCCCAGGACAGCAAAAAUGGAGAAAUGUCUUCUUUGAUAGAAGGACCAGCAGCCAAGGCUGCUAUCCACAAAUGUGCCAUGAGUGAACCAGUGAGGCGUGCUCAUAAGAUUAAAAUUCAUGACCCCACAAAGCUAAGGAAAGGGCUCCUCAGUCGCAUGUCCUCCACCGUCUCCCAUUCAGGUGUGCCUGUACCCUGUGUGAAAGCAUAUCAUUCAGAUCUUGAGACCUCUUCACAUAGUUCAAAUGCAAAGAGUCCUUCUUCUGAGAGCCAAAAUCCAUUUCAAGUGGAUAUGGUGACGGAACCUAAAUCUCCACAAUCAAACUGGUAUGACCAGCAGAACCUUAGCCAGACAUAUGAGCUUGAACCAGAGCAGGCUGGAGCGUCUGAGGAAAGACUAAAAAAAUCAGACCGAGAGAACAGCAUUGUCCUUGACCUGGAACAGCCUGAAUCAUAUGAAGAAAUGAUAAAAGAGCCAGACCCAGAGGAGAGCAUUGCCCUUGACCUCGAGCAGCUUGAAGCAACUGAAGAGCUAUUAAAAGAAACAGACCCAGAUGAGAUCAUUGCCCAGGAGUUUGAGCAGCUUGAAGGACCUGAGAAAAUACAAGCAGAAAUAGAUCCAGAUGAGUUCAUUUCCCUCAACUUUGAGCAGCCUGGACCAUCUGGGAAAAUCCCAAAAGAACAAGAGUUAGACCAGAACUUUGCCCAUGACCCAGAACGACCACUAAAAACUCAGAUUCAAGCUGAUUCAGUCCCUCUGCCUGAGUUUGUGACUCUGCUCAAAAUUAAAUCGAAAUUCUCACCACUUGUCCCUCCAUCAUCCCCUGCCAGGGUUAGACGCACCUUGGAGGCUCCAGCAGUCCUUCGACCAUCUAGCCCUGUACGAACAAAGGCCUGCUCACGCAGUUGCCCGCGAAAACAGACUACCUUACCUCAGACACCUAUGGUGAAACAUAGUCCGGUUGUCCACCGGGAGAAAGAGCAUACCCAUCACUACAGCAACUACAGCUACCAGGUGAGGCCCAUACCCAACGGCCUCUGCCUGUCCGACUGCUCGUCCAGCAGUGGCGGCAGCACCGACAGCCUGGAGUUUGUGCGUUCCUGCGUGCCACCUGCUGGAAAAGAACGUGAUGGCACCUUGCAGAGGGAGAUGAAGGCCCUUUUUGACCAGAAGAUGAGAGAGAUCCGCUGUAAAUCACCGCUUUUUUUCUGAGGGGUGAGUGAUAAGUUAAAUAAAUAACUGCACCUGGACAUUUCUUUUUUCUACCCCUAUCGUGGUUAUAUUAUGGGUUUUUUUUAAUACCAUUUGUCGUUGUUGUUUUUUAAA